AUGCUCUGGCGGGCUCGCGAGCGGCGCGCACCGCGGGACGAGCGCGAAGGACCGAUUGCGGUGAAGGACCGCAGGUUAGGGACCGAUCGCCGCCGCUCACGCCAGCGGACGGUCUUCGUCAGUGAUGUUAGCUACGCCACCGUCUACCUCGUGCGCAAUGCGCUCGCCGGCAUCGAGCGAGCAACGUGUUCGACCGAGCGGCUUGCUGUGCGGACGGCUUCUUGUGGCUCUCGUCGAGAGCGUUUUGCGGCCCGGCGGGUGGGAGAGCAUGUGUCGUCUGAUGUGUCACUGAAGACCGCCGUACGGCAAGAAGAGCUCGAUGGGGAGCGAGAACCGUCAGAGGUGCUCACGGAGGUUUCGGAAGAACGAGUGUAUCGCUUCGACGGAUCGACCGUGCUUAUUAUCAAGACUGAUAUGACGAAGCCGCUCGUCGGACAGGCGUGCUCGCUUGAUGUCGGCGAGCGCAUUGCGCACGCUUUGAACGGUGGCGAAGCCCAAAACACCGACGGUGGCCGUCCGCCGGCGUAUGCGGCGGCGAUCGGCGUCAUCUUCCCCCUCUUCUUCGCGGCGGCGGCCGUCGCGCACGGCUUUGCCGGAGUGGUGCCGGCGGCGCUGAUGCCCGCGUGGGUGAUGAGCCUAUGGGCGGCGACGCAGGCGUCGGUGACGCGCACCCCCCUCGCGACGGUCUUCAUGCUCGGCCUCUCCGCCGCCGCUUCGGCGCAGCUGUCGGUGCUGCUGCCGCCGGUCAUCAUCGCGUCCUACGUCGGGGUGUGGGCGUCGCGGGCCCUCUCCACCGCCACCUUCUUCCCGUACAAGAGGGUGGACUGA